AUGCACCCAACAAUUGCCCCCGCAGCACCGUCACUAUCGCUGCCUCCUCUUGGACGACUAGACGCGCACUCAACGGAGCGGGUUUCUUCGGCCUUACAAAACCUGCGCUUACUGUACUUUCCAAACGUUAUGUCAGAAACCGGAAUUUCGAGUUCGGAAUUGCCUAUUCCACGACGAAAAAUCGAACACUCGAUUCACGACACCUCUGUUCCUGAUUCCGGUUAUGCAUCCGCUGAGGAGGAGGAUGACGAGAUCCUUGAUGAAAGUACCGCAGAAAAUUUCAACACUGACGAAGACACCGACACCGACAAUGACGAGCUUGACAUCCUGCGCGCUGAUCCAAUUGAACGUGCGUACGCCAUUAAAUGGGUGACAGGAUUUGUUACGCGCUCAGAUAGCUGGAUAUCUGCUUCUGCGUCUGAUUUGGAGACUGAGGAAAGAACUGUGGUACUAAACGAUGCGACUGCCAUUCUAUCCUCGUUUAUUGGGUGCGAAGAUGACGAUAAUGUCGCGCUGACGCGCGUGUUCACAUUUUCGGUGGCAUCUAAUGAUAUUACCGGGACACGACCGAUAUCGAAACAAGUACAGGUGGAGUUGAACGACGCCCCGUUAUCUAAAGAGGAUCAUACUUCCGUGGGGUUACAAAGUUGGGGUAGUUCGAUCAUUUUAGCGGACCGAAUCUGCUUAGAACCGGCACUCUUUUCAAUAGUACCUCCAACAGGCGACGAGUCACUUCGUAUCCUCGAACUAGGGGCAGGAACAGGCAUGCUCAGUAUCGUUGCUUCUAAAAUUCUUGGACCUUCUCCAGCUGUCGAUAUCAUCGCAACUGAUUACCAUCCAGACGUCCUGCAGAACUUAUCCAAGAAUAUCGACACCAAUUUCCCGGUCUCGUCAUCUUCGCCAUCCCCUAUCAUUGUUGAAGCUCUAGAUUGGGAAAAGCCGAACUAUGAAGCGCCCUUCGACAAAGCUUUCGAUAUUAUCUUGGCUGCGGAUGUCAUAUAUCAUCCGUGUCAUGCCUUGUGGAUCAAAAAAUGCGUUGAACAGCUCCUUAUGCGCCCUGAUCCAUCUGGAGAGUGCACUGGUGGUAUCUUUUGGCUUAUCAUUCCUGUCCGUACAACAGGAAGACAUGAAGGCAUGGAUGCGACUGUCGAGCGCCUCUAUCCCGAUGCCACGCAAGAACUGAGGGACUCGGAAGGCUUAAGCUUGGCUAUUUAUCAUCGAGAGGUGGUAGGUAGACAGGGCGGUAUCGGCAGGGCCGAUGAGGGUGCUUACAAAUUGUUCAAGAUAGGUUGGGUAUAG